AUGUCGUUCUCCAGGGUACUCUGUCUUCUAGUUCUUCUUUCCUUUUAUGCGAAUGGAGGGUCCGAAUAUGAACUCUUGGAGUUUGCUCCUGUGGUUGGCGCCAAUAAUGACGAAAGCGUUUAUCUCACGGAUAACGACCCGGAGGUUUUGAUUGACGCUACUUCGCGAAUCACUCGGAGCAUCUAUUUUCUCGGCUCCUCUAGCCUUGUUACUCAUGUUGUUCGAUUUUCCUGUGGUGUUUCACGGCGCUCCAAACCACUCACAGAAGUAAACCUCUGUUGCAGCUCAUCUAGCCAAGGCUCAAACUGUCAUCGCCUUCAUGGCAAGUCAAAGGUUAAAACAAUCGACUGCAAUAAGAUGUCUUUUCGCUAUGAUUUGGACGAGUUUAGUGGAGCGAAUUUCUCCUUCCAAUUUAAGCCCAAUGAAAGUUCUAGUUUCCCUUAUAACGAACAAAUAUAUUGCGAAGUUCAGGCUUCUGAGGCCACCAUUCAGUCUAACAUUGUUGAGUUCCGUGAUGCGACAUUCUACGCCACCCAACUUAAUGUCGCUAUGUCAAACGAGGUCGAAAAAGUGCAACCAUCGAAUAUUUCGCCGCAUGAUUUCCCUCUUAAGUUCUCUUGCGGUGAUUAUGCGGAAAAGAUUCGUCAUUGGCCUUCUUGGAUGGCUGCAGUUUGGCAACGUUACCUUUCUCCGUUCGAAUGGGUUUAUUGUGAAGUUGGUAGUUCCAAAACUCCUGUGGGCUGUGCAAAAGCCGGCGAACCUUUGGGCUUGGGAAACAGUGUCACAUCCAUGGAUGGUACGCUCUUUCUUUUCACCGAUGCGGUGUUGGCUAAACAUCCCAAUAUUGCUUUUGUUUGCCGGAAUCGCAACUCAGCAUCGGGACCGCUGCGCGUUUAUGCGGGUGACUACAUUCAGCAAGCUACGCCAGUAAUCAUUAAAGGUCUUACGCUGGACCCUAAUGCUUCCCCUAAACAUACGGGUGGUUUUGAAGCCAUUUCCCCGCAAAAAGCAAGCUAUCAGUUUGUUGAAGGAACGGAAUUGUUGGAUUUUAGUCUUUUUGCAUUUUACCGCGUCCCUCAGUCACCGGAAUCACCCAUCAAGUUUGGGUGGUUUAAGGAUGGAGUGGCACUGAGUGAUCAAGAGGCUACAGCCACAUCCUUCCGCCUCCCGAAAAAAGUUAAGCGCAGCUUCGCGGGUAUCUACGAGCUUCGCGUGAUGGAGGGAAGUAAUCAGCGUCUAACGUUUACGUUCAAUGUCUCUGUGGUGGGGCCUCCAACUUUCAGAGACAUUAAUUGCAUUGAUGAUCUGUUCUACGCAUUGGAAGGUACCUCAAAGAGAUUUGAUUGCCUUCUAAACGCUCGAGAGGGAGAAGGUGUUGAAUUUCGUGUCGGCAUAAAUGGAUUUGAGGCAGCAAGUGCUGAGGGUUUGAGGCGAAUCCUUAGUUCUUCGCUGCAGUUGCAGAAUCAACCGAUCGCCAAACUGGACAUUAUCUUCAAACCUUUCGCCAGGCCUAGUGAAUCGACCAUGGGCGUGGCAGUAGAGGUGGCAAAUUUGACACCGGGACAGAAUUUCCGACUUUCAGUAAAGGCCAUCAAUGCCUACGGACAGUCUUUGAUUUCGGGAUCUCUAUGGGUUGUGCGUAAGUGCUCGUCCUUACUGAAACUCGAUUUUGUGUGCUGCGUUUGGCUCCAAGUUCUGACUCUAACUUGA